GAAAUAGGGUGGAGUCAGUGUUGAAGGUGUUUUAGACAGAACUUAAAAGUUUUUUUCUCCUUCAGGGGAAACACCGUUUGUGCGCAUGCGCAUACCGAGUCGUGGUACACCUGUUGAAGCCACUUAUAAUCAGUGCUGCUCACCUGACGGAGCUAUCAGUCAUGAAUCCUCCAACCAACAGAGACGAUACACACCCGCCAGAGCACUACAUGCCCCACUCAUCAUCAUCAUCAUCAGGAGGCGUAGGAGGAGGAGGAGGAGGAGGAGGUUUGUAUCUGGAUGCCUUUGAGGUCUCUUUCCCUCUGGAGGAGGGCAUCGAAAGACCGCCCGCAUAUCACCUGAACCAGGGUCAGCAGGUGAUGGAAGAGCCUGUGGUGCAGGAGCCCCCUCACUCUCAAUACAGCCCUUUCAUCCUGGUCUCCAACCUGCGAGCUCACCUGUACGUCACUCUGGAGAAGAACGCCUGGCUGCAGAAACGCAUCGAGGAGCUCGAAGAGGAGCGCAACUUCCUGCGCUGUCAGCUGGACCGCUUCAUUGUCAGCAUGAGAGGUCCAGAGGUGACAGAGUGGUGUGGAGAAUCUCAGCGUGGUGUGAAGGUCCAGCUGUCCGCCUCUCCCUCCCCUCCUUCCCCCAUGACCACCAGGUCUGGCAUGACCCUUAAACGGCAGCAGGGACCAGGACCUCGGCCCCGCCGCAGCACCACCAUCCCUGCGACAGUGAAGCAGGAGUUUCACCUGGAGGAGGAUAAAUACUACACUGAGGACGAGUAUGUGGAGGAAGAGGAGGAGGAGGAGGAAGACGAGGACUCGUCACUGGAGAAGGGGUCAAAGAAGAAGGGCCGAGGGCGAGCCAACGGAGAGCCGAGGAUGAAGAUGAGGAGGAUCUUCAGGAUCACCCAUGGGAGGGAGAGACAGAGAGUCAAAGACCCAGAGGGGGUUUUGAUUCGUUAUAAGAAGAUCCUGACGACCUACCAGCGGGUGAGGAGCAUGUCCCGAGCCUUCCAUAUCCACGGAGUCGACAGGAACACCAUGGCCUCUACCUCCCCCAUCGCCGAGCUGCUGCUGGUGGCUCCAGAGAAGAUGGCGGAGGUCGGGGAGUUCGAGGCAUCGAAGGAGAAGCUUUUGGAUUAUGCCCGGCGGUGCUACAAGACCAUGGACGACCAGACGCAUGCCAAGGUUCAGGCCAUGAAGAAGACCCACAAGCUGCUGCCGAUCUCCUACAGGUUCAGAAACUGACUGACAGGAGGGAUGAGGAAGAGGGAGGUUUCUGCACUCAACUUUGUUUUCAGAUUUUUGUUAUGCACUUUUUCAACUUUUGUUUUUGUUUCCGUACAGUAAGAAGAUGUAGGAAAUGUGAAAAUACGAAUAUGAGAUGCCAAAUUACAGGAUUAGCAGUUGAACAUUUCUACCAACAUGCUGCCUGAUUUAUACUUGUGAUUUAUUUCUUUUUCGUGCAGCUGAUAUGGUGGGAACCUUUUUUUUUGUAUUGAAGAUUGUGAUUUUCACUGGAGGUUGAAAUUAUUUGAAGUUACUUUUUGCUUUACCUCAGGAAUGAACAAAGUCAAAGAAGACACAGUAUAUUGUGAAUUAUGAUGUUCAUUUCAAAGCAUACUGACUUUUCGAGUUUGUAGAAUAUUGUUGCUUUGGGAGUAUUUACAGAGCUCAGAUGUUUGUUUUCUAGAAGGACUGGCCCUCAUCUUUUUGUUUUGUAUUAAAAGAGGGAGAAAUAUUUAUUUGCUUUAUUAAUUUUUGCAACAGAAUUUUGUUGUCAGAAUGAUUAUUCUGGGAAAUAUGUACAUUUAAUAUGUAUCAUUAAGAAGAACAUAUGUUAAUAUACAAAUUAUAUAUUUAAUCUGAGUUGGCCAGAUGAGCAUGCUGAUCAAAUUUUCUGAACUGUGUGAUAUUAGAAGGUUUAAAAUGUCACAUUAUGCAAGAAAGUAAAUGACUUUAAAUGUUCA